GCAAGCGUACACACGGGUCAGCAGGCAAGUUGUAAAGUGAGACGAGUAGUAUGCCAUAUAUGGCCAUGGAUUUGUGGAGUAUGUGGCUGUCUGUGUAGAGGCGAACCAAAAUUAGAGAAGCAGCUUGGUACAGAGUGUGUGUGUGGACGCUGGUGUGUGUGGUACCUGCUGGCCUGCUAGUGUGCUGCUACAGUGGUGUUAGUGGUGCUCAGGGGGCUACAAUAUCACAUAGCAGGCGGGUAGACAGCCGCCCCGGCUGUCUCUUAAUCCCAGUUCUUUGCCCCAGUGCUCUCUGUGUUUUUGUGUUGUGUCAAUGCAUUACUAAGGAAUACAGUGUUGUUGUAACUGGUGAGGUUAAUCAUGCGGACACUGGCGCACACUCUUGCCACCUUAUGCGCUCAGAAAUGCGCGCACCAUGUAAAUUGAAGAGGAUUUAUAUACCAUAGAAAUUAUGCAGAGUGUUGAGACGGUUGACCAUGACGAACAGAUGACGCUGUCUCGAAGCUCCGCCCCUGCGGACGUCUCUCCACCAAUCACCUGCCCGAACCGGGCUUCCCUCCCAGCCAAUACCUCUCCCAUUAUAUCCUCCCCUCCUGUUAUAUCCCCUUCCAUCGCCUCUCCUCCGCCAUUAACCGCACAGAUCUCACCCUACCUAACAUCCAGGUCUAACUUGAAAGCUACCUCAACAUUGCUGCAGCUGGAGAAACAAGUGAGCCUCGCUAAUAAGCUAAAGUUAGGGAAGGUGGUGGGCAACCAUGCCCACCCUGCCUGUAAUGUGCAGUCCUCGCUGAUUGGCGGAGAUGAGGACGAGGGGCGGAGCGACAUACGGGUUCUCUCGCCCUCAUUGGUCAACAGCCAGGUGUUGUCCAAGACACGCCCACUCUCCCCUGACCCGCCCGACACGCCCGUCACCACACUACACAACGGUGACAGGUUGGGCGUGGAGGGCGGGGUGGUGGGCGGCAGAGGGCGGCGAGGGGGUUCGGAGGGGACGGCCCAGAGCGGGGGGAAGACCGCCCCCCACGACCAAGACAACGACAAGACAACCAAAGGAAGAGGAAGGUGAGUACCAGUGACGUCACGGGGGUAACCCGCCGCCAUAUUGGCGGUCAAGAAGUAUAGUGUAGUGUUGUAAGUCAUUGUAAAGGCAGGGGCGGUGACUCGACCCCCGGCAACCAGAUGUGAGUACACCCACACACACACUUCUGACUUUCACUCUGAUAACUAAUAACUUUCACUCUGAUAACUAAUAACUUUCACAAUGAUAACUAGAGUUAAUUAACAGUUUUUUGCUCAUUCCAGCAAAUACGUUCCCCUGAUCGUAUUUGU